UGAUGCAUCAUUCUGCGGGAAAUGUGAGCCAUUCAAAAGCGUCGAUAAAUAUCAAAACAUUAGACGCCUAACUGGAACGAGUGUCCAACUGGCCAGAGAAACCCCAGUCCCACCAGAGAAACCCCAGUCCCACCAGAGAAACCCCAGUCCCACCUGAGUCCACUAGUUCCAUGCCAGAUGGAUUCCCUGAACCUGUCCAGCAUAGACAAAGCCAGCUUCAUGGACGCGCUGCUGCUCAACGAUGGCAACCCUCUUCACAGUACUGCCCUAGAUGAAGGCUUAAAUGCCGGGGAAGAGAGACAGGACGGAGGAAAACUGGGACGACCACCGAAGAAGGGGAAGGGGAAGGGGGCACAGCAGGACGGAGAGGGGAGGAAAAGGAGGAGCACAGGAGUGAAGGCUAAAACUGGCUUAAAAAGAGGAGCAGGUGAAAAAGGAGCAGGUGAAAAAGUUGCAGACAGAGAUGUUAAAAAGAAAAAGUCAAUCCAAAGCUCCGUCCUCCCGAAGAGCCGCCUGCAAGUCCCAACAGCCGAAGACCCUCUUGUUGGCAAGAAUCCCACCAGUGGGAAGACUGCAAGAUCGUCUGCAAAAAGAACACUGGUGAAAAGUCGGCCUCUAAAGAACCAGGAAAGCGAGACCGAAUCAGAUGGAAAGACCAUCGGUGGUGUGUUACAGGAAGAAUCUGACUCUGACAUAGGCGAACAGAUACGUAGAAGUCUUCAGUUUGCUGAGGAGAAGGAUGACGACGCUGGCAGGGAUCCCAGUCCACAGAAAGGUCCACAGAAAGGAACUGCAUCUGGACGCACUGAAAAAGCCAAGGGUAGUAGACGGACAAGGAAGGGACAUUGUAGUCAGGAAGGUACAAACUUGGAGGUGAUGUUGGAUGCCUUCCUUGAUUACAGUGACCAGUACAGAAAGUCUGUGGACUCUGCAGCAGUCAAAGAGUCCAUUGAAGAUUUCUCCAAUAAAGUCAAAACACAUCUCUUGGACCAGAUCUCUAGUUACGAGGAAGUUGGUGUUCUAAAUAAAGACUGCACCAGGGUGGGUUCCUUGAUACGCACAAAGACGCAGAGACUGUUUGAUGCUAAAUAUGAGCUAAUGAGGGCAGAAAGGAAGGAGGGGUGUCUUCAAAAAGAGAGAGUUGAACUUCAGCAGAGAUUAACUCAUCUGAGACGGGGCCAGGCCUUCCUCGGUGACAUCACAGCGAUGACCAGAAUGUACCUGGACCAACACUAGCACCGCAACACACGACACGCCACUGCAUUUGGAUUUUAGAGACGACGGAUGUGCUGACCUGAAUAUUAUCAGAUUAAAAUCCUUAUCUUGGUCACGGAUUGAUCCUUAGAUCCCUGGCUUAUACUUUGAACUCUGGAAAGUCUAAACACUUUUUUGCAGUUCGGGGAAUCAAGCUGCCGGCUAAGCUACUGGGGACGAAACUUGUUCAAACAGUCAAGCGUUGACUAUGAGGAAUCAGCAUCACUUUGUGAAGCUGGAAGUCAAAUAUGAUGUGUCUGAAAUGAUGAGCAACAUUACAGCUGCAUUAAAAGUAGCAUACUGAAAAUGUUUACUUAUUACUAGACAAAAUAUAUCUUCAAUAAAUGCAUUUUAUAAAGGCAUGUUAGGUUUGUGUGGGUGCUUUUUUACGUUUGACAUGCUUGCACUUAGAAGAGAUGCUGCAACACCAGUGUACGGUUGACGGUUGUACGGUAAGCGAUUCCUGUGCCUUAUGUUAAAGAUUUGGCCAGUUUUUACUAAUGAUUUUGCAACAACAAACCUAGUGAUUGUAAUAUAUGUCCAAUAAACACAUUGAAUUCCAUGGGAGUGAAUGGUGCUAC